UCCCAACUCAAAAAAAAAAAUCAAUCGUCUGGUCCGGAUGAUCUUUCAAAGCAUCCCAAACCUUAUCUCCUGUACACCAAUCCCUAUCACUCUCCUUUCUUCCCAGCAUAUCCACAAUCUUUUUUCCCAAACCGUAUAGUGCGCAGCCGAACAAGCCGCAGUAGGCUAGUGGAAUUUCAAUUUGCCCCUUCCCCCGUUGUGUUUCAUUCGGACCAAGAGCCUACUACUGGAUGUGGGUAUUCUUCUUCUUCUGUUAAAUUACGCGCUGCCAAUAGCUGGACUCUAACUUCAAUGGCAGCCAUCAUUUCCUGCCACCAAUAUUCCUUUGUUGCCACAUCUCCCCUUAAAAAAUCUGUUCACCAUAAGCUCUCCUCUACUGCUACUCACACUAACUUCCACUUUGCUCCCUCUCCUAACAAUGCUCCCAUUCAACCGCUAAAGCCCUUAUGCUGCUCCCAAACCCCACCUCCAUUUCGGUCUCCUCCUAAGCAGGAAAACUGGUUCUUCCCAUCUCUAAAGGGAUGCGCGAUCUCUAUAGCAUUAGCAGUUGGGUUGUUAACUGGGGUGCCAGCAUUGGCCAAUACUACCAGCAAUCCAGCAUUGCCAGAUGUAUCGGUUUUGAUCUCUGGACCGCCAAUUAAGGACCCCGGGGCGCUCUUGAGGUACGCACUGCCCAUUGAUAACAAGGCUAUCAGGGAAGUUCAGAAGCCGCUUGAAGAUAUUACAGACAGCCUCAAGCUUGCUGGUGUCAAGGCCCUCGACUCUGUUGAAAGAAAUGUCAGACAAGCAUCUCGGGCACUCAAGCAGGGUAGAACUGUGAUUGUGUCAGGAUUAGCAAAAUCUAAGGUUGACCAUGGCAUUGAAAUGCUUAACAAACUGGAGGCUGGGAUGGAAGAACUUGAACAAAUUAUUGCGGACAGGAAUCGGGAUGCUGUAUCCCCUAAGCAAACGGAACUGCUCAACUAUGUGGGAGGUGUUGAAGAAGACAUGGUAGAUGGCUUUCCAUAUGAAGUACCAGAAGAAUAUCAAAAUAUGCCUUUACUGAAAGGGAGAGCAGCUGUGGAUAUGAAGGUCAAGGUGAAAGACAAUCCCAGCCUGGAUGAAUGCAUAUUUCGUAUUGUUCUGGAUGGUUAUAAUGCCCCAGUAACUGCUGGGAAUUUUGUAGACUUGGUAGAGAGGCAUUUUUACGAUGGCAUGGAGAUUCAGAGAGCGGAUGGAUUUGUAGUUCAAACAGGAGAUCCAGAAGGCCCUGCUGAUGGUUUCAUUGACCCAAGUACAGAAAAGACCCGUACAAUACCUCUGGAAAUUAUGGAGAGAGUUAAUAUUGGAGUACUGCGUAUUCAAUCAUAUCAGUACAGAUUAGUUUAAAAGCUAUGCUGCCUGAUGGAUAUUAUCUUC